AUGACUAAAGUAAUUUGGACGCUUUUUAUUCUCGCACUCGCUGAGAUAGUGCGGAGUGAAGUGAACAAGAAAGUGUACAGUAGGGCCUUCAGUUACCUGGCUGUUAAUGGAAAGAAAAGAGAGUCGAUCACAAACGACAACUUGAGAGGUAUUAAUUACAGACCGCUCUCCAAAAAUUGUUCAUGUGUUCUCAAGUUAGCUGAUUUCUGGUACAGCGUAGCGACAGAUUUGUUUGGCGGUUGUAUGGCUUUUGUUAACCAUGGUUGCCCUGAAAAGUUUGACUACAUAAUAGAGAAUCACAAAUGUUUCAGCAUGCAAGCAGCUGCGAGAACAUGGCAGGCCUCAAGAAGUCUAUGCAACAACUUUCUCUCAUCUCAUCCCGUGGUUAUUGAGAGCUCCAAUGAAAAUCUGGCUGUCAGAUUCUAUUCAAUUUCUGUUGUCAAAGAAUUCACUCAGUGCUCAUUAACUGGUUUUCCCAACACGUUUGUCAUAUGGACUGGUUCUUACAUCACGUACGUCAACAACAAGCGAACUUCAUUCCUCUGGGCUCCUUACCCAACCCAAUCGAAGCCAGUGACGUUUACCAAUUGGAUCCCAGGAGAGCCAAAUUCCCCAACGGAUUACACGGACUAUUGUGUAUGUUACGGGUUGACUGCUGACUAUUUCGGCUGGAAUGACAAUUAUUGCAAACUUAAUUUUUGUACUGUCUGUGAGAUUGACCUGGAUUUGUAG